AGAUUCAUUUUUUAAAAUUAUUUUGAAAUUAAAAUUUAGUUAUAAUAACAUUAAAUAAUUACAUUAAAUCUCAUGCUAUUUUAUACUUUUUCUGUUUAACUAUGGCGUGGCAUGUUAUUUCCUAAACUUUAAAAAAAAAAAAAAAAUCAUUGAAAUAUAUGGUUAUCCACUUCCGCGGGAAAGAACAAGGUUGGAUAAGGAGAAAAGGAAGCAGAAGGUCCAGAGUUCAUUAAUGGCGACUACUCUUCCUUCAACUCUCCUAUGCCAAGCUUCCUUUUAUCUCCCUACUCAGAGUCCAUGCAAAGCUUUGAAUUCCUCUUUUCUCUUCUGCGCUACAGAAGGUCGUGCUCUUGUUCGCUGCUCGUCCAAGAAGAAAAUAGGCUUCUUCGAUCAAAUUCUCGACUACAUUGAAGGUGGUCCCAAGUUGAGGAAAUGGUAUGGGGCACCUGAUCUACUCCCAAAAGAUGGGUCUACAGAAGAAGAGGAGGUUGAAUUUUCAGAGGAAGAGGAAGUGAGGGAUGCAGUUCUAGUAACGGAUGGAGACGGUGAAAUUGGUCAGAUGAUAAUUCUGUCACUGAUUGUCAAACGAGCUCGAGUCAAAGCAUUGGUUAAAGACAAGCGGACUGCCAUGGAAGCCUUUGGAACUUAUGUUGAGUCACUUUCCGGAGAUGCAAGCAGCAAGCUAUUCCUAAAGAAAGCUCUCAGAGGUGUUCGUACAGUUAUAUGCUCAAAUGAAGGCUUCCUGUCUAGUGUUGGAAGCUUGAAAGGUGUAAAACAUGCAAUCUACUUGUCCCAGUUAUCUGUUUAUAGAGGUAGUGGUGGCAUUCAAGCUCUCAUGAAUAACAACGCAAGAAAAUUGGCUGAGCAAGAUGAAGCAACACUUGUGGGCUUCGGAAUUCCUUACACCAUCAUCAGAGUUGGCAUGUUGCAAAAUACUCCUGGUGGAACACAAGGUUUCAACUUUGAAAAGGGUUGUGCAGAAAAGGGAAGUCUUAGCAAAGAGGACGCUGCUUUCAUUUGUGUUGAAGCUCUUGAUAUGGUCCCACAAGCGCAAUUCAUAUUUGAGGUUGUCAACGGAGAAGAAAAGGUUUCAAAUUGGAAACAGUGUUUAGCCAAGUUGAUGGAGAAAGCAGAGCAGUAGUUUCCAUUAUGUUUCCUGGGGAAGCCACAUAAUGUGUUCCAUUAUUUAAAAAGAAAAUAUAUUAUUUUGUAUUUGUAGUAGGUGAUGUUUUCAGUGAUUGGUUAUACAAAACAAAUAAUUGUAUAAAUUUCCCUUUUUUUUUUUGGGAAGAAUUACUAUUAGGUCCCAAAUUUUUUAAAAAUUCCACUAAAUAGUCCUUAUUUCAAAUGUAUAGGUUCAUCUUCUCAUUAGUGUAGUGCUAAUAGUUAAUUGAAUGUCAAUC